AUCUUGAAUUUAUUUCAGACAUUUAUUUUGAAUGAUUUGUCAGUUCUACAUGUUUAUGCCAAUUUCAUAUUAAAUAAUAAAAGUAUACUAUCACUUUGGUUAUGAAGGAGACAAAACAUGUGGGCUGAUCUGCCAAAUGAGAUCACAGCACAUACAAGUGAUGUACUUUUAAGGAAAAUACAAAAUGAACAUUGAGCUAAUCUUCAAAUACCUUUCAAGUACCUUUUUAUGAGCUGACUCACUUAUAACAUCUUGCCAUUAUCUGGUUACAAGGAAGGACAUAGAUUAAAUUCAACUAAGCAAACCAAGGAGAAGUUUAGCGUAAACUAUGGGUCGUAAAGAUAAGAUAGAAAAUCAGCCUUUGCUGGGUAGUAGUCCCAAUGCUAAUGACCAGAGAAGCCAAAGACAUUCAAGUGACCCUGAGGGGGGACUGAGUACCGAUACACCUACAAGUGAUAUGAGCUGUAACUCAGAAAUUGAUGAACAUGUACUACCAGGAAACAAAUACCAUGCAAUACCUCUUAAAACUCGGACACCAUUAUUUAUAUACGUUCUCACAUUCUUCAGUGCAAUAGGUGGCUUUCUUUUUGGAUAUGACACUGGAGUUAUCUCAGGUGCAAUGAUCCUAAUUAGGGAUCGAUUUCACCUGAAUUCCUUAUGGCAGGAGCUCAUCGUGAGCGUUACUAUAGGCUCAGCAGCAUUGUUUUCAAUCUUUGCUGGUAAAAUGAAUGAUCGCUUUGGACGGAAGUUUACAAUCUUAACAGCGAGUUUUGUGUUCAUGUUAGGGGCGAUAGUAAUGGGAGUGGCAGGAAGUAAAGAGAUGUUGCUUGGUGGCAGGGUUGUGGUUGGAAUUGGCAUUGGUCUGAGCUCCAUGACGAUCCCAAUGUACAUUGCUGAGAGUGCCCCCUAUGAGAUGAGAGGGCGGUUGGUCGUCAUUAACAACAUGUUCAUCACCGGAGGACAGUUUGUUGCCAGUUGUAUAGAUGGCGCUUUCAGUUAUGAUCACACAGAUGGAUGGAGAUACAUGUUGGGGUUAGCAGGUGUUCCAGCCCUUAUACAGUUCAUAGGGUUCAUCUUCAUGCCUGAGAGUCCAAGGUGGUUGGUGAUAAGGGGUAAACUAGACAAGGCCCGCCAUGUCUUGCAGCUGAUACGUGGUUACCAGAGUGUAGGCAAAGAACUGCAGCAGAUUGAACAGACCAGUAUUGCUGCACACCAAGCUGUACAAGAGAAAGGACAGGGUUCAGUUUUUCUUGAGAUAUUCCGAACUCCACAUGUCAGGAAGGCACUGUUGCUCGGUUGUUGUCUUCAGAUGUUUCAACAAAUAAGUGGAAUCAACACCGUCAUGUAUUACAGUGCCACAAUUAUCAGGAUGUCAGGUGUUCGAGAUGCCUCUUCUGCAAUAUGGCUAGCUGCUGCUACAGCAUUCAUCAACUUUAUAUUUACAUUACUUGGAGUGUACCUUGUGGAGAAGAUCGGUAGACGACCACUUACCCUGGUGAGCUUGUUAGGUACAGCCAUCAGUUUGAUGUUACUAGCCAUUGGGUUCCAAGUGGUAGCCACCAAUUCGCCAUCUGUCGCCUUGAAUGAGCCCCCAGUGGGCAAUUACUCAAGUAGCUGUAACACAUACAGUGUGUGUGAGGGCUGUGUGAACAACCCAAACUGUGGAUUCUGCUAUAUAGAUGUCCCCACCAUAGGUGUGACUAAUGGCUCCUGCCUGGAUACGCUGGGGAGUGACCCAGUAAUGUCAGAUUAUGGAAGAUGUUCAAAUUCAACAGGUCUAGCCAAGGAUCAAGCAAUAUGGGCGUAUGAUUUCUGUCCAACAGCAUUUUCGUGGAUGACCUUGUUAGGCCUAGUGCUUUAUCUUGCAGCCUUUGCCCCAGGUAUGGGUCCUAUGCCAUGGACCAUCAACUCUGAGAUUUACCCACUAUGGGCCAGGAGCACUGCAGUAUCCAUAGCAACAGCAACAAACUGGAUAUUCAACCUUGUGAUAUCAAUGACAUUUCUCACUCUUACUCAAACCAUCACAAAAUAUGGGGCAUUCUGGCUUUAUUCAGGACUAGCAUUACUUGGACUAGCAUUCCUGUUUUUCCGUCUCCCUGAGACUAAGGGCAAGUCCUUGGAAGAGGUAGAGGAACUAUUCAAACAGGAAUCAGAAUGGGACACAUAAGUCACAUCACUACUUUUGUUGCUGUCAUUUCAAUAGUGACAUACAGAGAGUGUAUAGUUAUUCAAAUGAUACAAGGGGCGUUCAAUAAGUUUUGCAAGUGAUUCUCUAUCUCUGCAAAAGUUGUUCAUAAACUAUUGACUCUCAAAUGUUCAUUGGUAAUUCAUGUUCUAUAUUUCUACCAAGUCUCAUGACAUGAUUCAGAAUAUUGUCUAAGAUAAAGGGUCGCUUGCAAAACUUAUUGAUUGUCCCAUGUACAAAACAAAUGAGAGACUGAUACCCCCUGGGCCGAUAACUGAAUAAAAACAGGGUUGCUGGUUUAAUUCCUACGGUUCAAUCUCCAUGAUUGAAGGGAAUCGUUCUCACCACCUACUGUAUUAUUUAUUCCUCUCAUGCUAAAGAUUAUAUUACAAAUCAAUAUUGUAGGAAAGGUAUUGGGACAACUUAUAUUAUGUUUGUACAACAAAAGUACAUGUAAUAUUAUGCAAUUAUUCCAAAGUUACUGUGAUAUUUAUAGGAUAUCAUGUCAAAAUAGAAAUGGUAUUUUUGUAACCAGUUGAAAAAAGAAUUUUGGAAGAUUUUCACUAAAUCAAUUAUAGCUUUUAAACCAGAAGAUAUUCCCCUCAUUGUUAUGUUUCUCAUUUUGUGAUGGGGAGAAGGAAUAUUAAAAAAAUUAAAUGCAGGAAAUAUAUGCUCGUCUAACCGAAGCUUAUUUAUCUACCAAUAAAGAGUAAGAGUAACAGGGAAAUAUCUCCGGAUACUUAAUGUCAUGUGGUGCAUGUCCAGCCAAUCACAGAACGAGAAGCAUGACAGUGAGAUAAUUAGAUGCAAUACUUUGGAAAAUGACAGUGUGCUUUUUGCAUAUCUGUACAUAUUUCAUAAGUUAAUCAGGUGCAAUUUUUGGUGUCAGUUUGCUUUUUGUCAGCAGACAGUUUUUCAAAAUAUGUUUCACAAAUUAGCAUCAUACAUAUAUUACUAAAGAACAUUUUUUAAAACAGUAAAACAUGUCUAACAUAAAAAAUUUGGGCCAGUUCAAAGUUUCCUCUUUCCAACAAUUUUUAGAGGAGGAAAUAUGUAUACAUUCAAAGAAAUUGUAUUUUUCUUAAACUAUAUUUAAGAGAUUUGCGCAAAAUCAAGGAAUUUUCCUGUUGUUUAAAAAGUUGGCUUUGGCUGUGUGGUACCUGAUAACUUGCUUUAAAAGAUGGGGUGUUUGCAAUUGUUGAUAUUAAGAUGAUGUGUAAAUUAUAGUUUACAAGAUCAUAUAUUUUAGCCUGCAAUCUACAAAGUAUAGCACAUUGUUAUUGUUCUGUAUCAGGUCUGUGUAGCCAGGGGGGUUC